AUGACCGAAGCCGAGGUUCCCAUUUCAGCAGAAGAAGAGGAGGAAAUGUUCCAAAAGUUCAUCAAGGAUAUGAACAAUGAAGUUGAUGAGCUGGCUACACCGUACCACUUAUGGGUCAAAUUACGUUGUGAAACGAAACUAUCAGACAUGAUCCCCGAUCUUAGCGGUAACAAGUAUUGGGAGAAACUUUUGGCUUUAGAAGAAGAGGCUCUCAAGUUAACGGGUACCGAUGUUAUACAAGCCGCAUACUCCAAAACUAUGGCGAUACAAGAAUACGCCAGGUUGCAUGCAGUAGAAGAUUCCAUGAAGCAGGCAGAAGGGAUAGAACUAACUCAAAUGGAGUUAAAAAUGCUUGAGCAGUUUCAUACGAUACAGAAUAAUCUCACACAAAAUGUUGACUGGAUCGAGGCAGAAUGGAGAGACAUGUGCAAACAUGUUUUAAUGCAUGCCGAUCUUUUUCGAAGUAAACCCUUCUUUCAUACCGGAGAGUCUUCUAAGACAGCAGAAAACCGGAGCAGUGCUCUUCCACAGACUGAUCAGGCUCCGGGACUUGAACAAAUGAAGGGAGUAGUUGUUGACACAAUUAUUUCUUGUCUCCACAAGUAUAGCAUUGCUACAGAUAAGAAAAUUGCAAUCGUUCAAACGAAUCUGACCGAAACCGUUCGUGCAUCUAUUCACUCUGAGAUUGUCGAAACGGUUCAAACAACAAUCAAGUCAAUGAUCGACGAAUCUGUUCAAACCGCAACCGCUCCACUACUUGAAAUGAUGCAGGCUAUGUCGGCUCAGAUUGAGGAGUUGUGUAAAAUGCAAGCUGAUAAGACUCAAGAGCAGAUUCGUGCUGAUGUCGAAACAGCCAGAAGACUUCAAGACGAAGAUGAGGCUAGGGAACGGUUAAGAAAAGAAAUCGAAGACAAAGAUCAUGAGUUGGCCAAGCAAUGCAAUGAGGAAGAAAAGGCCGCACAAACGGAAUCCACACCGGCACAAGCCUCUCACUCUAUGAAAAUGAGGAACAAGAUCAAACGUAAGGCAGUUGCGACCUUGAUGAAGCGGGUGGAACGAAGCGGUUUAGAAGAGCUUCAACCGGUUGGACAAUUCGAGGAACCUCUAGAUGAAGAAGAAGAAGAGGAUACUACACGACUCAACCGGCGAAAGAAGAAAGCAAUUGAAACAUCAAUCGUAUUUCCACGUUCUGGUCCGAUAGUCGCACAACCAUCUCGCCCAUCUAGACCAGUAAGCGGCGGCUUCGGGUUUAACCAGCGAACUCCCGACAUAUCAAGUGUAUUUGUCGGAUGGCGCAUUGACGCUGAAAGAAGGGAACGGGAAUGGAAGGAAAGAGAGGAAGAGGAAAGGAGGAAGAAAGAGAAAGAAAACGAAAAGGGGGAUCAUCCAAUCCUUAGCUUAUUUCUCUUUUAUGAACAAUUUACUUUUGUUAUUGGGAUUUUGUUUCAGAACUAA